GCUACUCAUUCACUCACUGACAAGGUAUAGUGAGAAGAGGAUUGGGGAUCGGAGCAUCUCCUCCCUGUUCUGGCCAACAGUCCUUGAAGCAUAGAGGGUCUCCAGCGGCGUGGGUGCAUUUGAGUGAGCUGAGCGGGGUACAACGGUGCAGAGAAGAUGCAUCGCUCCAUGCUGUUCACCGGUCUCUUGAUAGCCGGCAGCAUCAAAGUGGCAGACUCCACCGUCGCAGUGGAUCCCCAAAAUUCUUGCUAUGACAAUGGGAAAUAUUACCAGAUAAACCAGCAGUGGGAACGUGCUUACUUGGCUCAAGUGAUGAUUUGCACCUGCCAUGGCGCAGGUCAAGGCUGGACCUGUGAAUCCCAACGUGAUGCGGUGGAGAAAUGCUUCGAUCAGUACACUGGGGAUAGUCACCUUGUUGGUGCCACCUGGGAGCGCCCGAAGGAUAGCAUGAUUUGGGACUGUACCUGCAUUGGAGCAGGCAGAGGAAGGAUCAGCUGUACUAUUGCAAAUCGGUGCCAUGAGGGAAGUCAGUCCUACAAGAUUGGUGAUACCUGGCAGAGACCUCAUGAGGAGAGUGGCGAUAUGCUGGAGUGUGUCUGCCUUGGAAAUGGGAAAGGAGAAUGGACCUGCAAAGCACUAGCCGAAAAGUGCUUUGAUGGUGUGUCCAAGACUACCCACGUUGUUGGAGAGACCUGGGAAAGGCUGCACCAAGGCUGGAUGAUGAUUGAGUGCACGUGUCUGGGAGAAGGCAAUGGACGCAUCACUUGCAGUUCACGAAACCGGUGCAAUGAACAGGAUCUCCGGAAGUCCUUCAAAAUUGGUGAAACCUGGACCAAAAAAGACAACAGCGGAGCAGAACUUCACUGCACCUGCCUUGGCAAAGGUCGUGGACAGUGGGAAUGUACAACUUAUGUGGGAAGGGAUCCGAAUAGGCAACAGUGCAUGAGCGAUCCAGGUGUUUACUACUCUGAUGGAAUGCAGUGGAUCCACCUGCAAGGCAACACCCGAAUGUUAUGUACCUGCCAGGGUACUGGUGUGAGCUGUCAGGAACAGUCAGAGCAUACUUUUGGGGGAAAUAGCAAUGGACAACCCUGUGCGUUUCCCUUCACGUUCAUGGGAAGGACCUACAAAUCUUGCACCACCGAUGGACGACAAGAUGGCAAAUACUGGUGCAGCACCACAAGCGCAGAAUUCGUACAAGGCGGCAUGUACUCUUUCUGCUCCAAACCAACCUCCUCUUUUAUCCAUACUAGAGGAGGGAACUCAAAUGGUGCAUUAUGCCACUUCCCCUUCCUGUACAACAGACGGAACUACAGUGAGUGCACAUCUGACGGGAGGACCGAUGGCAUGAAGUGGUGCGGGACGUCUGCAAAUUACGACACUCAUGGAAUGUUCGGUUUCUGCCCGAUGGCAGAAUCGGAUGAAGUGUGCGCCCCCUCUCCAGAGGCUAAGUAUCGCGUUGGAGAUCAGUGGGACAAACGUAAUGACAAAGGACAAAUGCUGAGAUGUACAUGUGUAGGAAAUGGCCGUGGUGAAUGGAGUUGCAUAGAACAUACUCGGCUUCUAGACCAGUGUACAGUGGAUGGAACAGUCUACCAAGUAAACGAGCAAUUUAACAAGCAGCAUAAGAUGGGUCACCAGAUGAACUGCACUUGCUUAGGGCAAGGCCGAGGGCGUUGGAAGUGUGAUGCCAUUGACCAAUGCCAGGACAACGAUUCGGGCAUGAUUUACCAGAUUGGUGAUACAUUUCAAAAGACAAUUAACGGGUUGAUAUAUUUGUGUCAUUGUAACGGCCGAGGAAUUGGUGAAUGGACCUGUGAAUCAAAACAAGAGGGAAUUGUAACCACCGUGAUACCCUCAAAUAGCAACAUGACAGAUGCCCAUCCCGUUCAAUGGAUCCCACCACAUUCUAUUCCAGUCAAACAGUACAUUGUGCGUUGGAGGCCUAAAAACUCAAGGAUACAAUGGCGCACGGUGACCAUUCCAGGCCACACGCAUUCCUACACGAUUAGUUCGCUGCGCCCCGGAAUCACCUAUGAGGCCCAGCUGAUCAGCAUCAUGCGCAAUGGCCAGAGACAAGUCUCCGACUUUGGAUUCACAACCUCGAGUGGACAUCCUCCAGUCCCGAGACCUGAGUCCAUCGCUGAAGUCACUUCCAACAGUUUUGUGGUGUCCUGGUCGUCUGCCUCCAACACGGCGUCGGGCUACAAGAUCAAGUACACGCUCAGCGAGGAUGGCGCGGAGCCCCAGUACCUAUAUGCUCCAAAGACGGCCUCAAGUUUUACCAUUCCCAACCUGCUGCCUGGGCGCAGAUACACUGUGAAUGUUAUUGAAAUUUCAUCAGAAGGAGAAAAUGUGAUUCUAACAACGAUGCCCAAAACAGCACCUGAUGCUCCCACUAGCCCCAAAGUGAACAUGGCGGAAGAUACCUCAAUCACUAUCAGUUGGUCCAAACCUCAAGCCCCCAUCUCAGGUUACCGGGUGGUGUACACACCCUCUAUGGAAGGGGCCAGCACCGAGAUCAAUCUGCCUAGUACCACCACCAAUCUGACCCUUACUGACCUCAACCCUGGCACCAAGUAUAUUAUCAACAUCUACUCCGUGGAAGAGAGCCAGGAGAGUGCCCCUCUGGUCAUCCUGCAUUCUACAACGGGUAAUCCAAUCGCAGAUAUCAUGAAGCCUCCUACAAAAAUGCAUUUCAGUGACAUCACUGACAGCACGUUUACUGUCUCAUGGACACCACCAAUCGGCAAGAAACCAAACUACCUGGUCACAGUCCAACAGAUCAGCGACCGAGGCCGGCCAGUCAUCUCCCUGCCUAUUUCUAAGAGCACCUACGUUGAGAUCACCAACCUGGAGCCGGGGUCUAUUUAUCGCUUUCGUGUGUACGCAAUGGACGGUGGGAGAAAGAGCAGCCCGCUAAUCGGGGAGCAAGCCACCAAACUUGAUGCUCCGACUCUGGACUUUGUAGGCAUCACAAAUUCAUCGGUGCUGGUGACCUGGAAUCCUUCCAGAGCAAAAAUUACUAACUAUUUUCUCAGCUGGAGCCCGACGAUCAACAAUAAACCCAAAACUCUCAGACUCCAUCCAAGAAUCACACGCCAUCAGCUGAACGGACUGCUGCCCGGGACCGAGUACAGUGUUGCUCUUGUGGCAAAGCAAGGCAACAUUGAAAGCCCAAGGGUUCAUGGUGUUGUAACGACUUUAGAGACACUGGGGCCAGUACCUAACUUCAACACUGAUGUGACAGACACAUAUAUUAGAAUUACUUGGACGCCAAUGCACAGGGUAUCAUUCAAGGUUAAUGUCCGGCCCUCCCAAGGUGGAGAAAGUCCUCGUGAAGUAAUCUCAGACAAUGGGAAUAUCCUCAUCACUGGCAUGACCCCUGGGAAAGAUUAUACUGUAUCCAUUACAGCAGUUGUGGAUGACGAGGAACAGGGGAGUCCCAUUGUCAAGAAGGUUGUAACAAAAAUCGCCCCACCAAUCAACCUGCGAAUUUAUUCAGAACGAUCGGGGAAGAAAAUGUAUUGGGAAGAAGGACUGACACCAGAUGUCACGGGCUAUCGAGUGAGAGCUACUCCAAAACCAGGCCAACCUGGUAACCUGAUAGAGGAGAUCCUGGAACCUCACAUCAAUUACUGGACCCUGGACAAAUUGGCCCCUGGUGUUGACUAUGACAUCAGUGUUUUUAGCGUCAAGGGCCUGAUGGAAAGUUUGCCACUAACCACGGAGAUAACCCAAGAAAUCCCCCAACUCACUGACCUGACCUUCGUUGACGUAAGUGACACGACCAUCGGCUUGAGGUGGACGCCGCUUAAUUUUUCGGCCAUUACUGGCUACCGCAUCACUGUCAUAGCGGCAGGGGAGACCGUUCCCAUUUUUGAAGACUUUCUGAGCGCAUCGACGGGAUACUAUACCGUGCACGGCCUGGAACCCGGAAUUGAUUACGACAUCAGUGUCAUCACCCUGAUAGAGGGUGGUGGGAAUGUUGCAACUACUCGGAAACAGCAAACCGAGGUGCCAUCUGCUACUGACAUGCAGUUCUCUGAUGUGGAGGCAGACAGCAUGAAGGUCAGCUGGUCACCACCAGACUCCAUCGACCUCUCCAAAUUCAUCGUACUUUACGGACCGGUGACAGAUGAGGCUCACACCAAGUUCACCAUCCACUCAAGUGACAACAUGGUGGCCCUGACAGAUCUCCAGCCUGGUACUAACUACAUGGUGCAUAUUAUCAGCGUAAUUGGUCAGAGUCAAAGCGCCCCAUUGAUUGGAAUCCAGAAAACAGCCAUCGACUCUCCAAGUGACAUUCAGUUCUCUGAUAUCACCACCACCUCCUUCACUGUGAACUGGCUUCCACCAAAGGUCCAUGUCACUGGCUUCAAAGUACAGGUGCAGCCUGAGAAGGGGGGCGCAGUGAAGACUGAGCGGGUGCCAACAUCCCGCACAUCCCACCACCUGACCAACCUACUGCCUGGGACGGAUUACAUCGUCAGCAUCUCGGCCUUGAGCCGCACGCAGGAGAGCAUGCCUGCGGUCGGAGAGCAAUCCACCAUCUCAGACUCCCCAACCAACUUGGAAUUCACCAAGUCUACAACUGACAGCCUAACCAUCAGUUGGACCCCACCACCCUUGACUGUCAAAUUCUACCGCAUCGGCUAUGGAGAGACUGGAAACAACAGCCCAACGAAGGAGAUGACGGUGCAUGGAUCUGACACAACGGCCACCAUCACCAACCUCCGCCCAGACACCCAGUACACUGUCACUGUGUAUGCAUUCACCGGCCGAGGUGACAGUCCGGCAACCAGCAAACCCGUUGUGGGCACCGACAGGACAGAGCGAAGCGGAACGAAGGUGGAGAUGGGGGAAAACAACAAGGUGACCAUCAGCUGGAACACCCCACCUGUUGCACCAGUUAAUGGUUACAGGAUCACUGGCGUACCGUUGAACGGGAAUGGCCAGGAGUUAACUUGGACUGCAACAUCAGGUCAGAAACACGUCACUCUCGAUGGCAUGUCGCCAAUGGUCGAGUACUUGAUCAGUGUGUACGCUCUGGGAGAGCAUGGGGAGAGCACACCCCUCACUGUGUCAACAGUCACCGCCAUUCCAGCACCAACCGAUCUUGAGUUUAUGCAAGUCACUCCAACAAGUAUGACGAUAAGCUGGCAUGCUCCUGCUGACCCAGUGACUGGUUAUAUUGUGAUAGUGAGUCCAAGGGAGGUGACAGGUCCAAUCCAGAAACUGACCUUCGGCCCAGAUAUCACCAGCGCCACACUCUCUGGCCUCAUGGUUGCGACGAAGUACAACAUUAUGGUUUACUCCGUCAAAGAUACAUUGACGAGUAAUGCCUUGCAGGGAAUCAAAGCAACACUAGACGGCGUUAGUGCACCGCGCCAACUCAGCGUGCCCAGAGUGACGGAGAAUACCAUCACCCUUCAAUGGCGCACCAAGGCAGAACCUAUCACUGGCUUCCAGAUCAACACUGUGCCUUCUCUCAUCGGUGGCACCAUCCAGAGGACCGUGGGACCCAACACUCGCACCUACACCAUCACAGGCCUUCUCCCUGGCACGGAGUACAAAAUCAACAUCUUCACCCUGAGUGGCAAUUCUCGCAGCCCACCUGCCACCAUCACAGCCCAAACCGUUAUUGAUUCUCCAUCGAAACUCCGAUUCAUCUCCACGACGCCUGACAGCAUCCUGUUCGUAUGGCAACGUCCCCGCUCCCGAAUUACAGGGUAUCACAUCACCUACCAACCCAAAGGAGGGCAACUAAUGGAGCUCAACCCUCAGCCGCUAACCGUGGCCGAAGAAGCGAUUAUCACAGGACUGCAGCCGGACACCGAGUACACCAUCCACAUAAAAGCUUUUCAGAAUUUGCUGCAGAGUAAGCAACUGACUGGGAAGAAGAAAACAGCUAUCGAAACAGGCGACAACUCUCGGAGAAAAUGCCAUGACACCAUCACCAAUACCUAUUAUACAAUUGGACAGGAGUUGGAAAAGUUGUCCAAGACUGGAUUUAAAGUGGUGUGCACUUGUGCAAGUGGAAGCGAUGGAAUUGGUCACUUCAGGUGUAACUCACCUAAGCGAAACGGAACGAAGGUGGAGAUGGGGGAAAACAACAAGGUGACCAUCAGCUGGAACACCCCACCUGUUGCACCAGUUAAUGGUUACAGGAUCACCGGCGUACCGUUGAACGGGAAUGGCCAGGAGUUAACUUGGACUGCAACAUCAGAUCAGAAACACUUCACUCUCGAUGGCAUGUCGCCAAUGGUCGAGUACUUGAUCAGUGUGUACGCUCUGGGAGAGCAUGGGGAGAGCACACCCCUCACUGUGUCAACAGUCAACGGCCGCAAGCCUGUCAUUAAACCCACUCUUGAGCCGCAGCUGGAUAAACACCAAACCACUCGGAGGCCAGGGAAUCCUGAAAAGACCAGUCAUGGCACUCAUCCCCAUACCGUUCCAGAAACAAGUCGCGACUCCAAGCCAGGAUCAAAGAACCCAGCAUUUCCCAUCACCACCAAGAACGACAAAACGACAUCACCCCAUUCAAGUGGACACUCCACCGUGCCAAGCCAAUGGCCUUUCGUCACGAAUGGGUCGAAACCUAUCACCCGACCAGUACAGAAGCCGCCCCACGUCGCCUGGUCGCCAAUUCCUGGCACCAUCGAAUACCUGGUCACAUAUUACCCCGUUGGUCAUAGCGGAGAAACCAAGCAGGUGCGUGUACCAGGAUCCUCACACUACGCUGUGCUUCCUGGCAUGGAUUUUGGAACUAAUUACAAAGUGAUAGUGGAAGCUGUGAAUAGUGAUAAGAAACAAAAAGUAAAGGAGAUGACAAUCACUGGUGGGUUUCCAAUUGAAGGAACAUGUUACGAUGAAGGGACCAUGUACAACAUUGGUGAACAGUGGCAGAAGGAAUACCUUGGCGACAUUUGCUCAUGCACCUGCUUGGGAGGACUCCAGGGCUGGCAUUGCAAAAACUGCCGAAAGCCUGGACAGCCUGGACGUUACCCAGUACACGAGGAACACUCUACUCCUGCGAGGCCAAUAUAUGUGCACUGUCCGGUGGAAUGCGGUGGCCCGAGGGACGUACUACUGGCAGACUCCUUGGAGUAAGAUGGCAGCCAACAAGAUCAAAGUAGCAAGCAAUGGACACUUCCCAAAAUUACAGGAGCUGCUGGCUGCCUGAGUCUAACCUUCCAACACUCUCCUGGCUUCAAUUCGCAACCUCUCCACUUCCUCCAUCCUACCCUAUCACCCGCUACAUCUACAAUUGCCUGCCAACAAGAGCCAGUGGCAACUCAAGUCGUCUUAAUGGAAAUUAUAAUAGGCUGGUUUUAAAUCCACAACUGCAAUGGGGGAAAAAAAACACCUCACAGCUUCAUCUCAACCCUCUCUCCCCACUACAUAUAAGCUAUACAUGGGUUAAAUGAGCGCACUGCUAAUUAAUAAAAUGCACACCCUUCUCUUCAAAUGCCCCUACCCCACUAUCAAAUGAUCAAAGUUGUAAUUGUGUAACUGAAUCAGCUGUUAUUUAUCAGUACUUUCUUCCUUCUCUUCCCCAAUAUAAUUGUGUUAUUCUCUAAUUCUUAUGCUGUUGAAUAAAAAUGGAUGCUACUGGUGCUGGAAGAUGUUAAUCCUUCGCUGGUAUAUUUUGUGUGACCAGUGAUUGUUUACAGAUAAACAGCAAUUGCCUUACCGGCAAUGGAGAGAUGAACCUUGUUUCAAUAAAACCUUUAAACACGA